AUGAGAGGCCAAUAUGGUAGCAGGAGCCUCCAUAACUAUGGUGGAGUUACAAGGAUUUCCUAUGGAUCUGGCUAUGGAGGGGGCAUCUGCGGGGGAUAUGGUGGUGGCUAUGGAGGAAUUGGUGGUGGCUAUGGUGGAAUAGGAGGCAGCUGUGGAGGAAUAGGAGGUGGUUAUGGGGGAAUAGGAGGUGGUUACGGAGGAAUAGGAGGUGGUUACGGAGGAAGAGGAGGUAGUUAUGGAGGAAUAGGAGGUGGUUAUGGAGGAAUAGGAGGUGGGUUAGGUGGUAGAGGACUUGGCGGCCAUGGAUCUGGAGGUAUUGGUAGUGUCCAAGUAGAUCCAAAUCUUCUGCAACCGGUCCGGGUAGAAAUUGACCCCCAAAUACAGCACGUAAAAAAUCAAGAGAAAGAGCAGAUCAAAGUACUCAACAACCAGUUUGCUUCCUUCAUCGACAAGGUUCGCUUUCUGGAGCAACAAAACAAAGUAUUGCAAACCAAAUGGCAAAUCCUACAACAGCAAACACAAGGCAUUGGCCCAACUAUGAAUUUGGAUGCCCAGUUCCAGCAGUUCCUGAAUAGCUUGAGGAAUCAGAUUGAAAAUAUCCGCAGCCAGAAGGCACAGCUGACAACAGAGCUCCAAAGUAUGCAGCAUUAUGUGGAAGACUUCAAGAACAAGUAUGAAGAGGAGAUCAACAGGCGCACAACGGCUGAGAAUGAUUUUGUUGUGCUGAAAAAGGAUGUGGAUUGUUCCUAUUUGUCCAAGAGUAACUUGGAAGCAAGAGUUGGUGCUUUGGCUGAGCAGAUUAACUUCCUGAGAAAAAUCUUUGAUGUGGAAAUCUCUCAGUACCAGACUGGAGGCCAAGACACCUCAGUAGUAGUGAGCAUGGAUAAUAAUACCCACUUGAAUUUGGAAGGUAUUAUUGAUGAAGUAAGGAGCCAGUAUGAAGAGAUUGCUCGCAGCAGCCGAGCUGAAGCUGAGGCUUGGUAUCACUCCCAGUUUGAAGCGCUGCAGCACACAGCAGGACGACAUGGUGACAAUCUGCGCAACACCAGGCAGGAGAUUCAAGAGUUGACUAGGAACAUCCAGAGACUGCGUUCAGAACUUGAGCAUGUCAAGAAGCAGUAUGCUAAAUUGCAGUCUGACAUUGCCGAAGCUGAGGAACGUGGUGAACUGGCUCUCCGAGAUGCUAAGCAAAAACUGCAUGACUUGGAAUGUGCCUUGGCGAAAGACAAGGAAGAGCUGGCUCGCCUCCUGAAAGAGUACCAAGAUCUGCUGAACAUCAAGCUUGCUCUGGACAUCGAAAUUGCCAUGUAUAGGAAACUGCUGGAAGGAGAAGAGAGCAGGCUCUGUGGCUCAGGAUCUCCAGUCCAUGUCUCUGUGCGGGGUGGUAGCUACGGUGGUGGCAUUGGAGGUGGCAUCGGUGGCGGCAGUGGCAUUGGCGGUGGCUUUGGCGGCGGCAUUGGUGGUGGAAUAGGAGGUGGCAUUUGUGGUGGCAUUGGAAGUGGUGUUGGCGGUGGCAUCGGCGGAGGUAGCUGUGGCUACGGAAGUGGAGGCUACGGUGGCAUUAUAAGUGGUGGAGGGGCUGGCGGCUCUGUCUGUGGAGGAGGAGGUGGAUUCUCUCAUGGCUCAGGAAGUGGUUCCGGCACUGUCAUCCGAAGAACCACCACAUCCAGCUCGUGCACCAAAUCAAGUGGAAGAUAUUAG